UAAGAUAUUUUAACCAAAAAAAAAAGAUUAAGAUAUCAAUGCAAGUGUCAUAUAAUCACAAAAGAAAGCGUCACUGUCAUCGUCUUUAAUUUUCACAGUGAUUUGGCAGCGACCAAUACGAGGGGCAAAGAGACGAGAGAGGGAGGGAGAGACAGAGAGACAGAGAGAGAGAGAGAGAGAUGGGUCUGAUCAAAUCCGCCAUGGCCGACGCUGCAAUAACUUCAAUGUUCGUCUUCACCUUACCGUUCGUACCGCUUCUAUCAUCCAUCGUCUCCAAAUCUCUCGGAAUGGAUCCAAAAUCUCUCUCUCUCCCAAAUCUCUUCAUAACAAUCACUUUGGUCGCCAUGAUUAUGCUUCUGUUUGGCACUCUCGCCGGAGCUCUCGGCGGCGCCAGCUUCAACCCCGCCGCAGCCCUCUGCUUUGCCGCCGCCGGCCUCCGAAAACCCUCCGCCGGCGAACCUUCUGUCAUCAUCAGGUCGGCGGGUAGGCUGCCGGCUCAGGCCGGCGGAGCAGUCAUCGGUGCACUCGCCGUCGUCAAGGUUAUGCCGGUGGAGUACCAGUCCCUGCUUCGAGGGCCGGUUCUCAGCGUCGACUUGUUGACUGGUGCUAUAGUAGAAGGAAUCCUCACAUUUGUGCAAUGCUUGUAUCUGCUUGUGGUAAUGGUGAAAGGCCCAAAAUUGCCGAUACUGAAGACUUGGUUAAUGGCUGCGACCACAAUAGGAUUGUUCAUGAUUGGCUCAGGUUUAACCGGUCCCGGUAUGAACCCGGCUAUUGCCUUUGGUUGGGCUUAUGCGAAGAAUCGGCACAACACUUGGGAGCUUUACUCCGUCUAUUGGGUCGGUCCUCUCGUCGGUUCAAUUUUUGCCGGUCGGGUUUUUGGGCUUUUCUUUACCGAACCGGUUAAGGUAAAGAAGGCAUAGCGCAGAAAUGCACGUGCGGCUUGGUUGAUUUAUUUUAUUUAUCAAAAUAAACGUGACUGCGCAAGGUACUAUCAAUUUUUGUAUUUA